CGGUAUAUGGAAGUCGUGGGGAUACGGUCUAAUACCCUACCGUACGGGUUAGUUAUUUAGAGCAUUUAACAAACACCAUUGCGAAAAGUAUUCGAAAUUUUAGUAGUGUUUUAAAAUGGAUUAUUAUGAAAGCGGCUGUUUGUUGUUAUAAUGCGUGAUUUUGAUAAAGGGAUUUAAUGUGUAAGUACCCACGUUUCCUGUUACUGUUUUUUAUAGUAAGUGUUAGCAAACAGACAAGUCAAAAUUAUUUGUUUUUAAAUUUUGCCCACCGCAACCACGCCGAAUUUGCUACGUAUUGUGACAAUCACUUAUAUGUGGAAAAGUUAUUGCUAGCACGCGAUCAAUGGCUGUCCGAAGCCACGCAGCUAGCUCGAGUGUUAGCACAGCCGGUUCGGAGGUUUUUCGACGCUCCCUGUUUUCCAGUGGCGAGUAGCGGGGAAUGCGGGGUUUGAUCCGGAUUUAAUGGGCUGUAUUUUAAUUGUAAACCUGAAAAAUACGCGAGGGGUGUUUUGUUGCUAGGGUAAAGAGUAGCUCAAGAGCUGAACUGUCAUAGUCGAUAUUGACUUAUGGUGAAUGAUUUGAAACAUAACAGCGGGUUUCGCUCACACUUGCGGAGAUUCUGUGACGUGCUAGAAUGUGGAGGGUUUGAAUUUACAGGAUAUUGGAUUUAAGGUUUCAAGUGGACAAUAAGCGAAGGGAUUUCCAAAUGACGCAAAGUAUGAGUUUUGUUUUACUUUUAAAACAAUGACACAAUAUUGUUUUUGCACUGACUCACAAAUACAGGGGAGAAAAUCGACACUCUGCGUUGCUCAGCUGCACUUAAGAAUUUCUAUUAAUCGCUGGAAAUUGGAGCUAAUAACUUUUUAAGGGCCCUUGUGACUGUUACAAGGCGAAAGUACUGGCUAAGUUGUAUUUCGUAAGCGUAUUGUAAAGUUAAGAACUAGUGUGGGAACGUGGAAAGCCGAAAAUACCUCAGUGGUCCUAAAAUCUUGGCAACGGUAGAAUCUGAUCUACAUAGCAACGACACUUAAAUGAGUAAAAGUAGCUUUAUUGAAUUGAACUUGACGAGAUUUAAAAAGGUUUUCGUAAAGGUCCUUCGAUUAAUUCGCGAUAUAACAAGCAGAGUGGGUUACGGAUUUAAUACAGUCUUCGGUAGCGUCUAUUUUAACAGCAGAAUAGUCAAAAAAUCGGAUACCUUUUUAUAAAGGGUACAAAAUUUCAUCAAAACGCACGAAUUCACAUGGAUUCAAACUAUUUGAUUUCGAUUGCUAUAAAAUACCAUGCAUCGUAUUUAUCUCCUCCAACACAGUAUAUAAGGAAGAUCAGAUUAAAACAGCGAAAGAGAAGUGAAAUAUGGGCAGCAAAACGACAGUCGUUAAAUCACACUUCGGUUUAAAUAUUCACCGAAAAUUUAUUUAACCCCGAAAUUUAUCGCAUUCUAUACUAGUGUUACUACUAUCAUAUUUUCCUAUACAGAUUUCAUAUAGCAUAAAAUAGCGUAGCAAUAACUCUACCAAAUUAGUAACUAAGUGUGCGACUCCAAGCUUUUUUCUCUGGUUUCCCAUUCAAAGAAUGCAACCCGGCGAUUCACGCCAUGCCAACCCAUACCAUUAUCCUACAUUUGUGAGGGACGAACACCGCCACCAGCAACAACACCUACCUAACCAAUCUCAAAUACAACUCCCGAUAUCUCACCUACCGGGGCAAGUGGGCGCAACCGACUCGCCAGCACAAAAUAGUCGAUUCGGCUACAAUAACAUGAACAGUCCGGGGGAAACCGGCGAGCAUCAUAACUCUACUGCAUUCACAGGAAUGUACGAAACCGAUUCAAAUUAUCGUUGGCGAAAAGUGCGAGGGAAUCUUGAUCUUUUCGUCAUGGAACGAAAUGAAAGACAUCUAACCUCGCUGCAGUGGAAGUGGCAAAAAAUGUCAAAGUCAAGAAGACGAACGCCAGCAUACGAGCAGUCCGCGUAUUUUAACGAUGGGCCUGCUGAACCGGCAACACAGGACGUUUAUAAGCAAAUGCCAGAGUCCGCUAGAGCGCGAUCAAGAGCAGAGUCGAGACAAAGAAUGCAAGAGGAGCUCGACACCUAUUUUUAUGAUCGUUGGAAAAACGCGGACGACAGGCAGAAUGACAGCGGUUUAAAACCAACAGACGACAGACCACCCACGGAAAACCAUCGAAGUCUGGCCUACAGUACACAAAACGGGGACAAACCGUACACGGGUUAUGGCAACCAGCACCAGAAACCGGGCAUUCAUUAUACCGAGAACCAACAGCCGUCAAAGUGGUCGAGGUAUGGUUACAACAACCAGCCUGAAGUCCCUUACCAACCAGCGUAUCAAUACGCACAACGUGGACAAGCCUUUCCGCCGGAGAGUCGGUACCCAGAAGAAGUUUCCGACCCCCGGGGUUAUACGGGUCGCGGCCGGGAUGAGGGCUCUAAUUUGCGGGGGUCACCACCUAAAAGAGUCGAUCGGUCGCAUCGAGAGAGGGAUUACCCCGGCUAUAACAUGGAGCCUUCGAACGAUGGCACAUACGGCCAGUACUGGGACCGGCGGAAUACGCGUUACCCUCCAAACCCAUACCAACAUCCACCAGAACAUCCGGGGGCAUUCCACAACUAUGGAUAUUCCCAAGAAUACGGCGGCCCACUGCAGUACCAACCCCACCACCACCAUGAGUUUCAACCUCAUCAAUACGGAUACCCAACUCCUAAUAACAGGGCACCAUACGAUAGGAGAACUCAACAUGCUGGCGAACCAUGGACGAAAAAGGAGAUGCCGAUCCACGAUUAUAACAGGCCUGAACCUAACAACACGGUACCAACGUACAACACCAGUGGUAGAUAUCAACAAGUACCUGAUGCGUAUCCGGAUAAACUGGAGUCUCCCUUUACGAAUGCAAGCUCCUCCGUGCCUCCUAUAUCUAGACAGGGUCGCAGGCGUUUCCUUGAAAGUAGAGAAGGAUCUCAUUUCUACGAGGAAGAAAUGAAAAUGGCCGAACAGAAAAAGAAGAAUGAUGAGAGGACCAAUAAACUUGUUAAAGAACAACAACAGAUGGAAGAUGAGAUAAUCAACCUCCGGAAGAUCCUGAGUGAGGAGCUGAAGAGGCAAAGUGAGACAAACGAGGUCGGAUCAAAGUUUGAUGAAAAGAUCGGGGAGAUUGAGAAGCAACUUGAUGAGUUGGAUAAAAAGAUGACCGACACCAAUGAAAAGUUGAAAGAGACAGAAAUGGAGAGAAUGGAACUUAAGAGAACAACCAGGAUUGCAUCAGGUGAAACAACUGAUGUAUUACCAGGCAAUGCACCCUUGUUCAUACUGGGUGACCCGAAAAAUGGCACGGCCGCUGCUGUUACACAAGGUGCCUACUGCGACAGCUUGCAGGAUGAAGGGAUGAUGCAACCGCAGGAGAUAUCUUAUUACAACCACAGCACUUAUCAUGGAAGUCUCUCUCCUCCUUCAUCUUAUACAGCACAUCAGGAAGCCUUGGAAGAAACAAAGAAACAACAGGAGCAGCUAAAGGAGGACCUUGAAAUGCAAAUGGCUUUGCUGAAGGCUGAGCUUGAGCAACAGCUACAAGAACAAAGGCCAGAAAUUCCUGAGGAAGUUGAAUUUGUUAUAGAUGCAAGAGUUACCAACCUAGAGAUGCAAAUUGAGGAGAUGAAUAAGAAGAUAAUGGACACAGAUCUUGUGAUUCAAAAUGCCGAAAUGGAGCGUUGGAAAGCAAAGCAAAAGAUGGAGUUGGAAAGAAGGAAAUGGGAGGAAGAGAAAAUGAUACACAAGGAAGAGAAGAGAAUGCGAGAAGAAGAGUUGAACAGGUUAGAAGAGGAAGAACUAAAGAGACGAGCGGAGGAGCAGAGACUACGGGAGAUUGAAAAUAACAAACCAAACUCUGAAAGAAAGUUACUGAGAAUGCCAAGCAGCCCCAAAGUAAGUCCUAUAUCACUGAGGAAGAACUCAGGGGUGGAUGGGACUUUCAAUGAAGGAGAAAGGAGAAGAAUGACGGAACUUCUUCAUUAUAAUGGGGAGGGGACACCAAAGCCAGAACAAGAGGAAGUUUCAGAGGCAGUGGCCGACCACGUUUUGGUUCCAGAAAUACCCUCAGAUGAUGAUGUCAUAAUAAUGUUGGAUGAUGAGGUCACAAAUGCAAGUCUCCCCAGUUUAAAUGGUAACGACGCCACAACUGAGGAUCAAGCUAUACAAAAUGAAGUUGAGAAAAAAGAGGAAACCAUUCAACAAGUGCAACUCACUGUAGAACCUGUAAAGUCAACAGAUACAACAUACCAAGGUUGUGAUUCAAGUCAUAAAACAGACACUAAGACAACAGUGGUGGAAUGCAAUGAUAAAGUUAGAGCUGAAAAACUUGAUCAAAUAAAUACAAAAGCGUCGGUUUCUCAUACAAUCACAGAAAAACUGGAUGAUAAACAUGAAAAUGUUACCAAUGAUUUUUCUGUUACUAAAGCAAAGAUAGAGAAUGAUCAUUCGGUUGAGAAAGCUUUAAAUGAUGCUGGAUCAAUUGAAGGUUUAAAACUUGAGCACCAAAGCUUAAAAGAUCAUGUUGUAAAGGAUGAUGGCGAAAAAGGCGGUGGUUCUUAUUUAAUAUCUGAAGCGAGUGAUGCAUUGCUGAAAACCAAUACUGAACUUGGUAAAGAGGUAGAUAUUGAAGAACAGGCUAACGAAAAUGAUUUUUGUAUAAAACAGGAGACCGAAAAAAGCACUUCAAUUUAUAGUGUUGAUCAAAAAGAUUCAGUUAAAUUGAAAACUAAUAAAGGCACAUUAAAGAAUCCUAAGUUGGAAGAUGUUCUUUCAAAAGAAGAUUCAAUGAUCAUACUCCUGGAUGAUGUCACAUCUCUGGAUGAUUUAAAACAUCCUCCAUCAAGUCCCGUGCUAUUAAGUGAGGAUAAACCAUUGGUAAGCGAACAGGUUGAAUUGAAAACAGAAGCCACCAAAAAGCACUGGGGAGAGAAAGUGCCAGAUACAGUUGGUUUGCAAUCGCAAGCAACUAUUUAUUUGACUGAGCCUGAACCAACCAUGGUAAUGCCCAUUCCACCAAAACAAGCUGUAAAAGUCAUUGAAACAAAGCAGAAGUUGCCACCUGCAAAACCAAAGGAGGGUUCAAUCAAGGAAUUAGAGAUGGCAGAAAAUAAACCCGUAACAGUGCGAAAAACUGAUUCACAAAAAGGUGUCUCAGUUUCACAUCCAAAAGCAUUGUUGACAGAGAAGGAUUCGCUAAAUCUGGAGAGUGAUUCACGAAAAAAAGAUAAUAUUUUAAAAGAGGAAACUUCUGCAAGGAAACCAGUUGGGGCUAAGGAUAAUGUUAAGGCUGAAGAGUCUUCUGUAACUAAAAAGCAAGCAACAAAAGUAAAAGAAAAGCUGCCAAGGUUUAAUCUACCAGGAUUUGGGUCUCGUAAGCCAGUUGAAGAUAAAAAGCUUCUGACAUCACCUCUAAAAUCUUCUGAGAAAAAAAGUAAAAAAGAAGACUUGUUAGAAAUCAAAGGGGGAGAGAAAAAAGAAACACAAACGAAGAAAUAUAGCUUUCUUAAAAGUUUGAGUUUCUCAAAGCAUAAGGAACCUGUAAAAGUGAAGCCAGAAUCUUCCCAACCAAACACUGGGAAAAUUACUGGCAAGAAAUCUAUUCUCAAAAAGGAGACAAAAGUCGCUCAAGAUAUAUCAGUUGCUGAACCCAAAUCUGAAAAACCACCAGUUAAGCCUCAUGUUGCAAAGACAUCAUCUGGAUCUUGGUUACAAGAGAAAUUUUCAAAGGUGAAAAAAAAGCAAGAAGAGAUUAAAUUGGAGACUUUGCCCUCCAACAAAGUUAAGACACCCAAAUCAGAAACCAGCUCAGGACAAACGGAUGUUGGAAAACAAAAGAAAAGUUUAUUUAAGUCAACAUGGCCGAGCUCAAGUGAUGCAAAAAGCAAAACAACUUCCAAUUCUAAAUCCGCUAUCAGCAGUGAUGCCAUAUCCAAAAUAUCAUCCAGUGAUGCCAAACAAUAUUCACAUAAAAGAGGAAAAGGUGUUUCUGUGGACAGAGAAAUGACAAUAACCACGAUUGAAAGCGACCUUAACCAAUUAGACAUGGAGACCACACCAGUCCAGUCGCGAGGAUCAGAUUGGGCGACUUCUUCUGGGAGAAGAACAGGAACAGGUUGGGGAGGAAGCAGGCACAGUAUGCUGGAGGGUCUUGGAACAUCUUGGUGUGUUUGCCCAAAGCAGAUCUGGAAGCAUCUUGGUGAUGAGAAUGAUGACGAGCCGAUCACGAGAAGAAAAUGCAUCUCCGUCAUAAUGGCGGUGAUCCUUGCUCUUCUUCUUCUUUCUAUCGUCAUUGGACUCAUCAUUGGGAUCGUAUCAAACAUUAAGGACGAACCGGAGUCCCCGAUCAAGUUCGUUGUUAUACCUGGGACAGAAGGAUGAAAAAGCCGUUUAAAUAUUUUGCGAUUUUAUAUUUAUUUAUGCACCGUUUUAUACCAAAUAUGACUAUUUGGUAAGAAUCACUUGUGCCAAAUAGCCAUGUAUAUAUGUUAUAACAACGCUUGUACAAAACCAAGAUUUUGAGUUAUUUCAUCGAACAGUUUUAAUUUAAAUAUCGAAAAAUUGAAACUAAGGUGUCAUAAUUUUGGUGGUGGUCACAGUGGCAUAGCGGGAAUAGUAUUCACAACAAAUUUAAUAUUUACGAUACCUCAAAAAGGCAUUUUUCUUACUGAAUAUUUCGCUAAAAACGUUCAGGAUUUUUUCUUAAGAUAAUGUUAUUUACUCGUGUAAGUAUUUCUUACAGGCUACUCCGCUACCUCUAAGCGUUAUCUACCAGUUGGCUGUUUUUUUUGCAAAUACAUUACGUGACUAAGAAUACACUGUGUGUCUGAUAAAAUGUGCUCGAAAGAUAGGAAGAGUGCAGUAACCAAAAGACAGAACAACAUUGAAAAGUUUUCGAGUAUAAUUUUGCACCAGUGGCGAAAAGCAACAUUAAACAACAAACAUUUCGGAAAGUAAUUAAUUUGGAAAAUUUUAACAAAAAAUGAAUACGGCUAGCCAAUUUGGUAUAUUGCAUAACAGUAAUAAUGUUAUUUGUUGAAUAGAUACGUUUUAAAAUGUGAUGCACACAAUUUCGUCAAGCACAAGUGAAUCGAUGCAAAACAAAUUGACAUUUAUAUUCUCACAGGGUUUUACUAAGUUAAUCUCAUUUUAUCGUGUGUGCAAAGCGAGGGGCUAAAAUAACAUCGAUGAAACAGACACGGAUACUUCAUAAAACUUACUAACGCAAAACGUAAAAUAUAAGUAGAGACGGUACUGCUGCGAUCAUAAGCGAUAAAAUAGUAACGUUGAUUGCCAAUAAGUGGAACAGCAAAGAAGACGCAUAGAAUUUGUAUAUCAAGUCUUCAUGCCGAUACCGGUGUAUAUAAAGGCUCUAUAGUCCGAUGAACGAUAUACAAUGUAACAAAUAAUAGGAUGAGAAAAGAUGGGACAUCUUUAAAACAAAAUAUCCAAAAAUCGUAAUUGUGUUUUUAACAAUUAACAACAGUCUAUAGGAGUCGUGAAGAUAUGGUUUUAUAAUUUUUUGAAUGUUCCUUAUUUACUACUAAAUGGGACAAGAUAUUAAAAGAAAAAGGUGUCCCAUCUUCCCCCACCCUAUAGUGAAUAUAGAAUAUGCUCGUAAAUUCUGUAAGGCACGAAAAUAAUCUUUUAAAAGCGGAAGGUAGAAAAAGUAUAUAUAUAUAUGUAAAGAUUACUCUGAUAGGUCAGUGGUAAAAACGUAAAAUCUCUUUGUAUAAAACUUUUGCUCCAAGCGAAACGAGGUGUAAGUUGCAUUCCCUGAGCUAAUAUCGACAAAACGAGUGUUGAAUUGCGGGUAAAAUACGAAUCUAUAUAACCGUGACUCAACGCAAAAAAG